AUGAAGCACGAUACCGUUGUACAAGUCGUGCUAUGCGAUAUCGAUGAGGCCAUGGUUGCCGCUAUGAAAGCCGGCAUACAGAAUUUUAUUGAGGCUCAAUUUCACGCGCUUGGUGAUUGGUUUUCCUGGACUUGGAAGAUGGGAGCAUCACAAGUGUCAGGAAAUAUUGAAGCCUCCCUUUGCCAGUCCUACCAACUCGGCCACCCCAACGGGUGGAUCCUCACCGAUCCACGCGUAGCCUCAGCUCCCUCUCCUCCCCGCCAGAUCCUUCUCCGCGUAUUUACCAUGGCAAACCGGAACACCACACCAUCCCUGCCUCAUCCACCGCGUCUUUCGCCUGGCCUCCGACGACGCUGA